AUGAUCCAGACAGACCGCUUGUACUCUGUCGAUGAUCUGUACACGAUUCGGCAGAGAGAGGAUGAACCCCUACGGGAAUACGCAGCGCGCUUCAGUCACGAGUACCUAGUGCACAGUAGUAACUGGCGCACGUACGACGAGUUGAUGAAGCAGGUGGCAGUCCAUGCAAAGGCCGAAUACUUCAACUCCAAACCCGGGCCUUCGGCUCGGAAGGAGGAGUCAGCCACCAAAAGUUAUCCGGGGCGAGCUGACGAUUCUUUGGCGGGAUUCAAACGGAAGGACGACGUGAUAGUCGUCAGGGAAACUCGAAGAAGGGGCGCGGGAAAUACGGUCGUAACGACCACCGAGCGCCGCUACCGAAUCACGAUCGUGCCCAGGAAGUCUUCACCCUGCUGA